AUGAAUAUUAUUAAAGUAACACAAUAAUUCUUAAGUGGAAAACCAAAAGGGUUUUAUUUGCAGCUUCUUGUUAAACCAAAAUCAAAGGCAGAGAUGCUUGAAUUUUCAGAGGAAUUCAUUAUUGUAAAGACCAAAGCUCAACCUAUUGAAAAUGCGGCCAACGAAGAUGUAAUAAGAAUGUUAAGUGAAAAAUUGUCUAUUGAUCAAAGUUCAAUUAAAAUAGUGAAGGGGCAAUAAAGCAAAUAUAAAACUGUGUUUAUUGAAAACGAAAUGCAAGCCUAUAAUAAAUUAAGGAAUUGA